AUGAAGGCUUCAUUCUUCUCCUUAUUUCUUGGAGAGGCAGCCGAGCUUGUUUCUCUUAUGGCAAAGGCUUUCCCAGAGUUGGAGCUCACAAAAGAAGACUGUCUCGAAAUGAGUUGGGUUGAAUCAAUGGCCUUUUCAGCAAGUGUGUUUGUUUCUGCUGAAAGCUUGGAACUAUUGCUUGAUAGAACCACCCAACUCAGCAAUGGCAGGUACAAGAUCAAAUCUGAUUAUGCCACUGAACCCAUCUCAGAAACCGCCCUCAAUGGUAUAUGGGAAAGGUUCAAAAUUGAAGAACUAGAAACAUUGCAGCUCGUACUGAUCCCUUUUGGAGGUAAAAUGAAUGAGAUUUCUGAAACAGAUACCCCCAACCCACAUCGAGCUAGGCAUCCCAUACAUAUCGGCUACUACGCUACAUGGCACCGACCCGAUGCUGAUUCGAGACACUUGGAAUGGACCCGAGAGCUCCAUGAUUACAUGACUCCUUUCGUAUCGAAAUCGCCGAGAGCUGCAUACAUUAACAACAAAGACCUUGACAUUGGAAGAAACAACGAGGAUGGGAUCCCGACUAGCUAUGAAGAAGCAAGCAUUUGGGGGCAUCAAUAUUUUGGAAUUAACUUUGAAAGGUUAGUGGAAGUGAAAACGAAGGCUGAUCCUUUUAACUUCUUCCGGCAUGAGCAGAGCAUACCAUCGGUAGCACCGAUACGAGGAAUCCAAGCAAAGAUGGCUUCAUACUCCGAUGUGUCUUACGAGACCAUGCCUAGUGCAAUGCAAUAUCUCUAG